CCAGCCUCGUCCACCUCUUCCUCCUCCUUGUGGCUCUCGUCUUCCUCCCCCCGCGUUGCCCUCGGAAAAAAUCCAUCCUUUCUGCCCCGGAAAUUUAGUCCCCUCCUAUUUAUGACCCGCCCAUCUCUCCCGCGGAGGCGGCCCUGAAAAUCCCCCCUUGCUCCCCCUGAAUCGGCUUCUUGGUUCCCCCGUCGAUUUCCUCCUCCCUCUCCCGCGUUCUUGAUCCGAAGGCGCGUGUGUUUUCUGGGCAAUUUCCGGCAUCAGAUUGUCAAUUGGAUCCAUUUCGAUCCGUUCCUGGUCUUCUUGAACCGAGCGGCGGGCUCCGUGAUUGGUUCUUGUGUCGCCCUGGAGCAUUCUCGCGCGAGACCAAGAUGCUCUACUUGAAGCAGCCGCAGAGGAGCUAGCUGAACCACGCGGAGUCUCCGUUUGCUUGCUCUGAAUUUCUCAGGCUCGGAUUCGUUCUGGCCCUCUUGUAUGCCUGCGUGUUGAUCUGAAUUUCUGAUCCGAUGGAGGCCAUGAGAGGCGGCAAAUUCCUCCAGAAGUUCCGGCUCUACGAAACCAGAUCGAAAUUUUAUCUUGUCGGAAGAGACAAGAGCAGGGCUCUUUGGAGGGUGCUAAAGAUUGACCGGUUGGAGUCUACUGAUUUAGGUAUCCAGGAGGAUCCUACUAGUUACACAGAGAAUGAAUGUCAAGAACUACUUUGGCGAAUUCAUGAGGGAAAUAGGUUGACUGGUGGGCUGAAAUUUGUCACAAAAUGCUACGGAAUAAUUGGUUUUAUGAAGUUUCUUGGUCCUUACUACAUGGUUAUAAUUACCAGGAGAAGAAAAGUUGGCACAAUCUGUGGCCAUGAUAUUUAUUCAAUUGGCAAGAGUGAAAUGAUCGCAAUUCCAUGUCCUAUAGUCUGCCCCAAUGUGGCUAAUUCUAGGGAUGAGAACAGAUAUAAACGUCUCCUUUGCUCGGUCGAUCUUACGAAGGACUUCUUCUUCAGCUACUCUUACAACAUCAUGCGCAGUCUUCAGAAGAACAUAAAUGACAAAAAUACUGGACAUGUUGUUUAUGAAACAAUGUUUGUAUGGAAUGAAUUUUUGACACGAGCAAUGCGGAACCAUCUCAAGAAUACCGAUUGGACAGUGGCCUUGGUCCAUGGAUUUUUUAAACAGUCGAAGCUGUCAUUAUCUGGGAAGGAUUUCUGGUUGACACUUAUAGCCAGACGCUCACGUCAUUUUGCUGGAACCAGAUUCAUGAAACGAGGUGUUAAUGAAAAGGGUAGGGUUGCCAAUGAUGUUGAGACUGAACAGAUUGUUUUUGAAGACACACCUGAUGACAUCCCAAGUCAAAUAACUUCUGUUGUACAACAUAGAGGAUCAAUACCUCUUGUCUGGUUUCAGGAAACUUCAAGACUUAAUAUUAGGCCAGAAAUCACGUUAAAAUCCGAUGUGGACUACAAGGCCACCCGCCUUCAUUUCGAAAACCUUGUUCUUAGAUACGGGAACCCUAUAGUCAUCUUAAACUUAAUCAAGACUCGUGAGAAGAAGCCUCGUGAAUCUUUGCUCCGUGCAGAAUUUGCAAAGGCUAUCCAUUACAUAAAUAAGGGGUUACCGGAUGACAAACGUCUUAAGUUUUUACACAUGGAUCUGAGUAAGCUAUCUCGAAGGAAAGGCACCAAUGUGCUUGGACUGUUAAACAAGGUAGCAUCAGAUGUGUUGGAACUAACGGACCUCCUCCAUUGCGAGAUAACUACAACAUCAAAACCUUUGGAUGCUUCAAGUGGACAAGGGUCAUGUGACAUCAAAAUCAAUGAUGAUUUCUGCGCAGCUACAAUGGUACCUCUUUUACUACAGAAGGGUGUCCUCAGGACAAACUGCAUAGACUGCUUAGACCGCACAAAUGUUGCACAGUUUGCAUAUGGAUUAGCUGCUUUAGGGCGUCAACUUCAUGUGUUGAAGCUCACUGAAGAACCUAAAAUUGAUCUGCAUGAUCCUUUGGCCGAUGAUCUGAUGGAUUUCUAUGAAAGGAUGGGUGAUACAUUAGCCAUCCAGUACGGUGGUUCUGCUGCUCACAACAAGAUCUUCUGUGAGCAAAGAGGACAGUGGAAGGCAGCAACCCAAUCCCAGGAGUUCCUUCGAACCCUUCAGCGUUACUACAAUAAUGCGUACACAGAUCCUGAGAAGCAGGAUGCUAUAAAUGUAUUCUUGGGUCAUUUUCAGCCUCAACAAGGCAAACCACCUCUUUGGAAGUUGGACUCAGAUCAGCAUUACAAUAUCGGCCGGCAGGGAACUUUAAGUGAAGAAACUGGAAGAUUCAUAAAGAGGUCGCUCUCGGAUGGAAAUAUUCUAUGUGAAAACAGUGCACCCGUGUCUGACCGUAAUGUCGGCGAAAACAACACUGCGAACUCAGAAUUACUGCCCGUGCAACAGCUGGAUGAUAUUAGAGAGCCUACUGAUUCUGCACCAGAGAUCUAUAUGUGUGAAACAAACCCAUGCCCCAGUGCAAAAUAUAGCACAAUGCCUGGAAGACACUCCAUUUCAGAGGAACGGCAGAGUUACUUGAAAAGAUUAGGUUACCCGGAGUUGCAUUCUUCAAAUUUUCUCGAUCUUGAUUUGUUAUCUUCUUCAGGAAAUUCUUGUGAUGAAGAAGCUUUUGAGAGGUCAUCGAUCAUCCAUUCACCUUUGGAUGGUAUCAGUGUUGGAUCUACUACUACUUACAGUGAGCCAGGACACAAUGAUGAGGGAAGGGAUGACACCGACCUGUCGCGCUCAAGCAGCCAGCUGUCAGACUCCCGCGACUAUUCUGACCGUUUUGCUCAGUGGGUGGCUAAUGGAGGCAUGCUUUGCUACUAAUGCUAAAGAAUUUGUCCUGGUGGCAUCCUCAUAUAAUUUUCACCGCAGCACGAAAGCUUGACAGCUAGAACAAAGGAAAGAGCUCAAGAACAAGGAGCGACAUGCAUGCACAGGGCCGGCAUGCGCCGAGGCUGCUGCGAGAGAAGAAGAAUCGGCACGAAUUGCUCGGCGGAUUGAGGCUCUAACGUGGUAACUCUGUUGAGGAAUGAAUGCAGAUGAUGGUGGCUUGUGGCUUGGUUUUGUUUGGACAUGAUUGGAGUGCUAUGGUGAAGAAUUGACCGUAGUGAAGGGAAAGGCAAUGAAUGAUAGGCAAAGGCAAACAUAUCUAUCUGAUUCUUUUCAAGGGUUAGCUUAGCUAGACAUCUUAUGUUUUUUGUCCACCUUUAGAGAAAAAAUACCAAAAAAACACAUGGAAAAUGAUAAAAAAGGACUUCUCCUGUAAAUAUAUAUGGUACAGAUAUAUAUGCUGCUCACAUACGUUUUGGACGGCGGUUUAUGUGUA